GUUUUGUUGUUUUCUGUUUCGUGGUUUGCUUUUUUGUUGGUCGAAACAAUGUCGGAACUGCAGCAGUUGCCAACCUGCACUCCAGUUGACGUUACCAAAUUGCCGACUCGUGACGGGUUUACUGUGCGCGUCGCCAUCCGCAGCGACCUGCAGGCCGUCCGCUCAGUCGUCAACAGUGCUUAUAGCGUCGAGAGAGACUCGGACGAGUUCAAAUUCAAGCACACGGAGCGAUUCACCAACGACGAAGAGCCGCUGUCGCACAUGUACUUUGGCAACCAACCGCCGCCCGGUCACAAAGGAGCAUUUCUCGUAUUGAUCAAGCAAGAAUCACAGCGGGUGGUCGGCUGCAUCCACAUUGAAUCCGACGAGACAAACCCUGACACGACAGCCCAGUUCGGCCCGCUGGCGGUCGAUCCAGCAUUGCAAGGCCAAGGUCUAGGAACGUACUUGGUUCGAGUCGCUGAAAGUGUCGCCCAGCAGUGGGGAUGCACCCAUUUAGGGCUGCGCACCGCCAAUGUUCGCACCGAUUUGCUGCAAUUCUACCCUCGCCUCGGCUUCCAGCUCGUUGGUACAGCGCCGUUCGUGCAGGUGGAGCGCAUCACGCGGCCUGUCCACUUUAUUCUCAUGAGCAAAGCGUUGGGCGGGUGAUUUGCGUUUUGUUUGUAAUGGAACAACAUCAUACAUUGUGCAGCACCA